AUGGCAGACCCAAAGCCAAAGCUCUUUGGAUUUGCAUGCCAGCAAUGCCGCGCCUCGAAACGCCGAACUGACGUCGAUCAACGGCGAAAGUACUGGGAUGAGACAUACGUGAAAUCCCUCGAAAAUCAAGUUCAGGCCCUACUAGCGCUUCAGAAUAAGAGUAGCGUUACCCCGAAACACGCCCCCUCUGAUCUCCAAAAUUUUGACACUGGUCGUUCAAACUUUACCCACUCCAUACAUCAACUCGAGCGUUCCUCUAAUGGACAAGCUGCUCAAGAUGGCGGAGGAUCUAGCCAAUCUCUCCAAUCGAUGGAGGAACUGAGCGUCAUGAUGUGGCGUACGAAUCUUGCAGAUGGAGUUACCAUUGAUCCAGAGCCCGGUUCAAAACCUUCACAUACAGCCGCAAUUGGAAAUUAUCAAGCCCCGCAACUCAACACACCCUGGCAUAUCCCAGAUUAUGGCCAGGACCCGGGUCGAAUUAACAUACUUGCAAAUCUAUUCCUACAUUGCAUCAAUGGGGAACAUCAGUUUACACAAUAUGAAACGUCUGAGGCAUUUUCUACAUUCCCAGACCACCCACCUGAUCUUCUUUUCCUUCACGCUGCUAUGCUAGCAGCAGGUGCAACUUUCGAAAAUCAACCCGAGUCAUUGAAACUGAGUGAUGGCUUUGCGGAGUUGAGCGAGAGUUUGAUUUUCACAUGCUUCAGACAUGCACCUUCCAUGUACGUCAUUCAAGGGCUCUGCAUUCUAUCUUGGCGGUCCCUUGCCUCAGGGCAAGAUCACCUCGGCUGGACUUUUCUGUCAAUGGCAGCUGGGAUGGCUGUCCAUCUGCGGCUUCAUGUUCUUGCACUGGAUGAGAUCGCUGCACAAUCCGUCGAGCCGUCACUCGAAACCGUCCAAACAUUUUGGACAUUUUAUAUGACAGAUCGCACGUCGAUUUCCAUUCUGGGUAGGAAUUGCAUCUUGCCAUGGCGGCGGGUUAAUGUUCCUGCCAUUGAGACGUUCUUCCACUAUGGAAAGUGUGAUAUAUCCAAGAUUUCAUUUGCUUGGCAAUGCAAACUAUGGUAUAUGCAUGAUCAGAAUAUGGAUCAAAUAUUUUCGCCCUCUUUUGAGAAACAAAGUAUUUCGGAUCAAGUUCGCAUGCUCAUUUCGACGCAUGAAGAUCUGUGUCGCUUUUUCAAAUCGCGCGACGAGCGACUCGAGGUCACUCGAGGAAUGCCGCCAAAGCCCGCACUUCUUUUCCAUAUGGCCUAUCAAAUGGCCAUCUUGAUCACCAUGCCAUCUUUCCUGAGACUAUUCGCAUCGUUAAAAACGGAGCAGAGUCAAAUAUCCCAGGCGAUGUCGCUUGUAUUGCGGUCUAUCACCUCAGCUGCUGCCUCGAUGAUUCGACUUGUCCAGAGAUACUGCAAGUCAUACGGAUUUAGACAUGCCAACCCACUUCUAAUCCACCACAUUCUGAGUGCAUCUAUAGUGCAUUUGAUGAAUACAACCGCAACCUCUUCAUCAUUUCGGGGACACAGUACUCGCUUAGUAAGGACCUGCCUGGGUCUCUUACGUGGACUUAGUCCAUACUGGCCCUUGCGAUCUCAAAAGAGCAUCGACACAAUCAAGGCUGUUGCUAGGCGGUGGAAUGUGGGAUUCAUUCUGCUGGGGAAUGACGGAGACGAUCAGAAUCAGGACUUAUCGGCUCGCCAAGUGCAGAAUGAAUCGAAACAGUUUCAUCCCGACGUGACAUCUGUUACGGGCAUCGAUCCGGAUCCUUAA